GCCGCCUCACUCCAACACAUCCCUCCACCCGGAGAAAACAAUACGUAGAGUUUCCAGUGGUAUUUCAACAUUUAUACCUGUAUACCGGUGCCAUUUUCAAACAACAAACGAGUGUCAUGAAUGGAAAACAACUCGAAAGUAUCACAAUUGCAUUUCACAGGUUUCCCAGUUAGCAAGAAGUUAGUCUGGAGAGGUUGAGGAUUAUUUUGUCUGUGCGGCAGCGGAAGAGGACUGCAGAGGGUGUGGGCGUGCGGUGUUCAAGAUGGCGGCGCCCUAUGGAGUGGAUCUGCUCUGAUAGUGGUGCCUGAGGACGGGAUUGGCGGCGGUCGCGGGACCCCGCCCCGUUAGGGCAGGAAACUGAGAGUGACGACGGUGACCCCUCCCCCCGUCCCCCCCGUCCCCAUCCCCCCCGCCACCGGGACGCCAUGGCCCGGGACCAGCCGAACGUGGGCGACCUCCUUCCGCUGCUGGAAUCCUCGGACCUGCGCCAGCUGGACCAGGUCAAGGCCCUCAUCACCGAGCAGCUGAGUGCAGACCGAGGCUCUGUGCUGCUAAAUGGGCUGGUGGAUUAUUACCUGGAGACCAGCUCCUCCCAGGCCCUGCAGAUCCUGACCUCUGUGAGGGAGCCACACGACAAGCACCUCCUGGACAAGCUGAACGAGUGUCUGUCCAAGCCAGCCAGCCGUCUGCCCACCCUCACCCUCCUGGGCCACGUGGUUCGCAAGCAGCCCUCCUGGAUCCACAAGAUCACCCGCUUCCCCCUGCUCGCCUCGCUGCUCAAAUGCCUCAAGACGGACUCGGACGUGGUGGUCCUUAUAACUGGGGUUCUGGUGCUGAUCACGCUGCUGCCCAUGAUCCCGCAGGCGGGCAGGCAUUACCUGUACGAGUUCUUCGACGUCUUCGGCCGCCUGGCCGCCUGGAACCUGCGGAACCAAGGUCAUGUGACGGAGGUGUUCCUGAUCCACCUGCACGCCAGCGUGUACUCUCUCUUCCACCGGCUGUAUGGCAUGUACCCCUGCAACUUCAUCUCCUACCUGCGCUCCCACUACAACAUGAAGGAGAACAUGGACGCUUUUCAGGAGGUGGUGAAGCCAAUGCUGGAACAUGUACGGAUUCACCCAGAAUUAGUGACUGGAAACAAGGACCAUGAGCUGGACCCCACCAGGUGGAAGAAGUUUGAGAUCCACGACAUCGUCAUCGAAUGUGCCAAAGUGUCCCUGGACCCCAAAGAGGCUUCAUGUGAGGAGGGCUACUCCGCCCUGCCCGACCACGGCCCCACCCCUCUGCAGCCCCGCCCCCCGGACACCGCCCCCAACCGGGACACCGCCCCCAGCCCCUACGCGGACCUGCAGAGCAGUUAUGGAAGCUCCUCCUCCACCUCCUACUGCGACCCCCGCCAGACCCUACCCCCACUUAUGCCCCCGCUCUCAGGGACACACCCCCCCCACGACAGCCCCCACAUCCCCCAACGGCAGACACAGAUCCUGAGCUGUGAUGUCACUUCCUCCGGUGUGACGAAUGACCCCAUCUGGAGCCCCUCCUCAAUCUGCGGCAUGGCCACACCCCCCUCCUCUCGGGGCAUCUCCCCCACCAACGCCUCGGAGCUUUCCCAGAGUGCCUCUCACUUCCCCAGCCAUGCCCACGCCAUGCCAGCAGCUGGGAAAGGACCGCCCUCCUCCUGCACCCCUGCCGCCUCUUCACCACACCCCUCCCUCACAGAGGAGCGUCUGCACGCCCUGCUCCCCAACACGGCCAGCCCGCCAAGACGCAAGGGCCGUAGAGCCAGGGAAUCCUGCAAGCCCUGCCUGAAGAGGCAGGAGCCAAUCAGAGAGCUGGAGAGAGGCAGCAGCGCGGACGCAGACAGCCGAGGUGGUGUCUGUGAGGGUGCACGCAUGAACCUGACGGAGGUGUCGGCCUUCGUGAAGAAGCAGGAGCAGGAGCAGCAGCAGCGUGCGGAGACGGAGCGGGAGGAGGCCAUCACCGAGGAGCUGCUGAAGAUCACCCAGGACCAACGGGACGUCCCGGCCCCGCCGGGGCCCUUCUACCGCACCACCGAGACUCUGACGGGUGCCCAGGAGAAGCCCUCGCCCGCCCCCCCGGGCCCUCGCCCCCCCUGCCCGGGACAGGCGCCGUCCGCGCCCGACAGGACGGAGGAGGCGCCCGCGGCCCUCUUCGCCCCCAUCGACCGCCCCGCCCCCGCGGGCCGACCCCCCCGCAGCCCGCCGGCCCCCGAGGAGGAGGGGGGCGCGGCCGCCCCACCCAAAUACGGCCCCUUCUCCCCCCCCAGCCCCUGCAAGACUCCGCCCCCUGCCUACAGGGACCUGUUCGACCUGGCGCUGCCCAAAGCCGCCUCCCUGUUCGUGGGGCGGCGGACCGCGGAGGCGGCGCGGCGGGCUGGGGAGGGGCGGAGACCGGAGGAGGGGCAGGGGGAGGGGCUUUGGGAGGGGGAGGGGUUUACCACCACCGAGUCCCCCUUGGAGGUGCUGGACCGCCUCAUUCAGCAAGGCAGCGACGUCCACGGCAAGAGAUCACCUUUGCCGAGCAGGUCAGCUGAUUGGAACCAUUUUGGAGGCUCCGCCCCCUGGGACGAGCUGCAGACGCUGCGCAGCCAGCUGCUCCUGCUGCACAGCCAGCUGCUGUACGAGCGCUACAAGAGGGAGCAGCACGCCGUGCGCAACCGCCGCCUGCUGCGCCGCAUCAUCAACGCCACCGCGCUGCAGGAGCACAACAACGCCAUGGUAACACCUCCGCGCCAAAACCAGCGUCAGCUGAUACUGUACACACACAGAACCCAGGAGCUGCAGAGCAAGCUUCAGGAAUACCAGAAGAGGAUCGGAGAGUUGGAGGCGGAGCUACAGAGGGCCAAUUACAAGGUGUGCCACACGGCACACCAGCUCGACCAGCUGUCCGUCAAGCUGAGCAGCGGUGAGAAUGCACAGCAGCAGAUGGCUUUCCUGAACAAGCAGCUGCUGCUCCUGGGGGAGCUCAACAGGCUGUGUGUGGAGGAGAUGCAGCACUCCGGUCAGGACAGCAAGAAGGAGGCGCAGAUGCUGCAGGCCUCCUCGCUGUCAGACCUGGAGAAGCUGCGGCAGGGCCUGGUGCAUUGUGGGCAGGGCCUGGAGGCUGCCCAGCAGCGUGUGGGGGAGCUGGAGUCCCAGCUGGCUAAGAAGGAGCACCUGAUCGCCGAGCAGAAGAAGUUUCUGGAGGACGUGAAGGGUCAGGCCAGGGCGGAGCUCCAGGCCUCAGAGAGCAGGUUUCAGACUCAGAGGAAGCUCACGCAGACCCUGCAGUCUGAGCUGCUCCAGCUGUACAGCCGCCUGGAGACUGAGAGCCCGGACACUGCACCAGGGGGCGCCACCGAGUCCUGCGGUCCCCACAAUGCCAGAUGUGUGUCCUCCAGGCCAGAAGAGGGCAGUAGCUCAGUGUUGGAUGGGCAAGUAAAAGCAGAUGUCCAAGACAACGUGGAUGGGGGUCUGUCCGACUCUCAAAGGAGCAACAGUAGCACUUUAUCACCCGGGAAACCGCAGGCGCCCCCAACGCCAAACUCUGUCAACGGUCGACGGGAGCACCCCAAACCCCUGCCGGCGUCCCCUCCGUCUCACCUCCCCUCCACGCCCCCCUCCAGGCUGGCCGACGCCCCGCUCGCCGUGGGCUCGUGCCCCAGCGAAAAGAGCUUCCUGGGCAUUCAGGCCCGCGAACUGUUCCGCAACAAGAGCGAGAGCCGGGGCGAGGAGGGGGCGGAGCCUGUGGCCACGCCCCGCCUGUCCGGCCUCUCCCAGGGCCUGAAGACUGAGCUCUGUGUGGAGCCCGCAGGGAGCACCAGCCCUGCCCCCCCCUCCAAGGGCCCCGCUCCCCCCUCAAAGGGCCCUGCCCCCCCCUCCAAGAGCCCCGCCAAGGAGCCACAGGUGGCUGCACAGCAGAGGACCAAGGACAGGCCAGGGGGCGGGGCCAGAGGCAGGGGAGGGACUGUGGGCGGGGCCGGCCAGGCCCAGCAAAGGCAGCCACAGCAGCAGCGAAGGCUGCGAAUCAUGGACUACAACGAAACGCAUCAUGAGCACAGUUAAGGUUGGAGGGCGGGGGGGAGGGGAAGAGAGAGAGAGAGACAGAGAGAGUGAGAGAGAAAGAGACACACCGCAGGACUGGACAUUUUGAAUUCAGUGUUACUGCUACCAUUCCUGGAUUGGAGAACAGAAUUUUAGCAUCAGUUCAUUCACCCAUACAGACAGAGGAAAGCACCACAACCACCACAACUACCCCCCACUGACACACACACAUGCAGACACACGCAUACAAAAUCACACACACCACACACACACACACACACGCACACUCACACACAUGCACACACUCUCUCACACACACAACAUGCACACACACACACAAACCACUUUGUUCCGGUGAGUCUGGUUCUUUAGACUUCACCCAGUAUGGGUGUGGCAUAACAGGGCCGCAAUAGCACACUGUCACCAGCAGGGGGAGUAAAGGCUCACACUCAACAGCACCAAUAGCGCUGCUGUCCAUUCAGUGAGAUCUCUUUUCACACAGAUUAAUGCUAUGGUUUUAUUUAUUUGCUUCUUCAAAUUCUGACUACUCCAAAAGAAAGAAGCGCCUGCAGUUAUGGAACACUAAGCAUGUUUAGGACCCUGGUGCAAAUACGUUUUACUGAAUUUGGCAGGGUGUGUUGGGAUGCUCGCAGGGGGUGUACUUUCGCCAGUCAGGACUGGUCAGGAACAGCUGUGGUGUGGAGUGUGAUGUAACAGGAAGUGAGGUAUGGAAGCAGGGGCGGUUUUUUAAUACGCCCGGAAGUAAAGGCAGGAAUUUGGGCAGCGUGCGACAAAGCCUGGGAGAAUGAAACGGGGUUGAGACGGACUGCGGAGUGUCUGCGCGUUAGCCUUAGCGCGUUAGCGCUGAACCAAAAUUAAGCAGCUGUGCUUAUUUACAGGCCUGGCUGGCUUCCAGUUUGGUACCACUUAGUCGAUCUGUCCCAGUCUGUCUACCCUGUUUUAUUAAUGAGGAAACGCACAGUAUUACAGACAGGAAGUAGAAGCCUGUGAUAAACAAGAAAGCAGGAAGUGAGACUGUGUCCUGGUGUCAAGGUCUGGGGCAGCCGGACCAUUUUAAUUUGAGGUUGCAUUUUUAAGGUAUUUAUUAUUUUUGCACUACCCCCACCCCCUCACCACCAAGAGCUUUUUUUUACUGCAGGGAAAAGCUGUACAGGUCCUCAUCAGUGUGAAAUUCUCAAAGGAUUGACUGUUUUUGACCGAAAAUAGUUUUUAUGUUUUUUUCUUUACCACUAACCCCGCUAAAAAUUAGAGGGGCUUGGGAUUAAACGGAUUGGACGUGGAAAUGUCACAUGACCGGGAAGUGGCCCUUUCCAUCGUCAUGCACACCAUGUUCUAGAAAACACAAACCCGUUCAUAUCCAUCUGAAGGUUGACGUUACGCAAUAAUCGGUCGUGAUGCCCUCAAGUCAUCCCUGCCAGACGAGGGCGCUGUAGGAAGCUUGUGUGAUUUCUACUGCAGGAUGGCAGUACCUAUAAAACAUAGAAGCAGCAAUAAUGAGCAUAGCCGUUUGCUUGUUUAACAUCAUGCUUCGGGGCCAAAGUUUCCCCCUUUACCUUUACAAAGUCAUUAUGUGUGGGCUUGAUGCUUUUCUUCCAGCAAACAAUGAGUACUCAUCUGUGAUUGGUCCAAAUGUUUUCACAUUGGGAGAUUGGCCAAUCAGAGGAGAAAGAGUAUUGCACAUGUGAGAAAGUGACCCACUGCUCACCCCAGGGUCAUGCAACGUUGGUCAUGUUUCCCUGCAGUAUUGAACUACAUUACCCAGAGAGCCUGUGUUUCGUCUCUGUGGCUCCAGCGCACUGCCUCUAAACAUGGCUGUGUGUUUUGUAGGCUUUGCAUUUUGCCAAAAUGACCCCACCCUGAGGAAAGAUGGUUUGCUGGUUUAUGUGCUGAAAAUUGUCUCUCUUUGCCAUCGUGAGACGAUCAGUUUAUCAAGGAAAGUGCUUUUAAUUCCUUACCUUUUCAGAAAGAAUGUCUGUUUCAUUUCUGUACUCUGGACAUUGUGCUUGCCAAGGUUUGAGGGAAACAAGCGUACAUCUGUUUGCAAUGUAUUCAGAUGCGUUCUUAUACACAGCACCUUUACCUCUGCCUAUUGACCUUUGCCCUUAGCUGAUUCAUUGAAUGCCCAUAGAAUCCACUUGUGGUCUGAACUGAUUGAGCUGAUUAAGUUGAUUUGUUAACAGAAAAAAAAGGUUUGCCCUUAAGUGUUUACAGUCACCUUCUGUCAAUCAAAUUUUGCCCCACCCCUACGUGAUGACUUGUUCAGCCAGAAUGUAGUAUGGUUUAUGUUGUUCUCUAAUUGCUCUUCUGUUUCAGCAAUACAUUUUAUUAGUUUCAGGUAUUCACAUUGAUAUGUAUGGUUAAGGAGUAUGCAUUUUUGGACUGAAAGCUGAGUUGUUGUUUUUUCCAUUUAACUUUCCAAAUGAUACAAAUCCUGUUGAUCGCUGAAAGUCUGCCGUUUUUCUGUUCGCCUUGCUGUCAUAAGCAUGUACAACAAUCCCAUGUUUAAAUGCCAAUAAUAGGAUUUACGAAGAACUGAGGUAACUACUGUACGGUACAAUCAGUGCAAGCUGAAAUCGGAGGAAUUGGAGGGGUGGACUCUUGGAGGGGUUUGGAGCAGGAGGUUCUGAAAACCGAUGAAAAAGGAAGUUCUUUAAAGCAGCUGCUUGUGUUUAACUGUGAACAAUAAAAAUAAAAAUGGUCUUCAAUGUUUUGCACUACA